CAGUUUAGUUUCUCGGCUUCAGCCAACUUUCUGUGACACAAUGCCCAAAAAGAAAGAUAAGAAAAGCGGCGACAAACAAGAUGAAGCCAAGAAAACGCAGAAAAAGGAAAGUCCUGCAGAUAAAAGCGGGUCUGACGACAAAGAGAGGGAUUUAUAUUUGACUCAAGUACGAUAUUUGACCGAGCAGCUGGAAAGAUAUCAGCUAAAAUGUGAUCAACUAGAGAAGCAGCAGAAGGAUUUCGACUCUCAGUACAGUUCACUGGAGAAAGAGAAGAAGGAUAUUGUUGAGUAUCUGAAACGCUCCCUGCUGGAAAGGGAGGAUGAGGCGAACGUGCUGACGGAGCAGCUGGAGAGUCAGCGGCAAGCUGCCGAUAAGGACAGAGAUGCCCUGCAGCUGCAGCACGAUCAGCUGAGGCAAGAGCUUCAAGAGCGGAUUGAGGAAGUCAACAAAGAAAACACGACACUUGUGGCGAAGCUGGCUAGUCUGGAGGAGUUUCAGAAGCAGAAGGAACAGCUGACGUCCAACAUGGAGUCUCUGGAGAAGCAGCUGGUCAGUCAGGAGGAGGAACACAAAGCUGCCAUCCACAGUCUGGACAUGAAAGCCCUGCUGGAAAAGAAGAGGUUGGAGAUGGAGAUGGAGAGCCACGUGGCGGCCAUGGCAGCAGAGGUGCAGCACCUGGUGGAACAAAAGGUCCCGGAGACAACCAGGUUGGCCCUUCAGGAGAACACGGAGGUUAAGGCCCAGAUCAACCAGCUGGCAGAGCAGACUCAGGUCCUGAUGGAGGAGAACUCUGCGCUGCGGGGCCGGAGGACUCGGCUCAACGUGGAUGUGGACAUCCUGGAGCAAAUGCUCAGUGAGAUGUCCCGCAAGAGCUGCAUCCGCAAGAAGGUGGUGGAGCAGCUUACAGAAAAGUGUCAGCAGCUGCAGGCGGAGCUGAAAGACCGGAGGCAAGAACUGGAGCAGCUUCAGACCAAACACACAGAAGUCCUGGCUGAGAUGGAGACGCUCAGACGUGACCGGGCCUCGCUGUCCGAGCAGUGCGGUAAAAACAGAACUGAGCUGAGCCGUCUGGAGGCGAAGCUACAGGAGGAGAAGAGGAGGAAUAGCAGGAUGAAGAGCAUCAUGCAGGAGGCAGUCGUCACUCUGAGACAAGCCCUGAUGAAUGCUCCGUCAGACCACGACUCAGAGGUGGGCUCUGUCGUCCAGUGGAAGCAGCUGAUGGAGAAGCUGCUGGUGGUCUUGGACCGACCCUCACUCACUAACUCCACUGCUGAGAGCGACCAGGUGGAUGAGCUGCAGACCUCUGACUCUGCAGCAGACAGAGAAGUAAUCCUGAAUCCAACCUCGAGUCUCCAGUUCGAGCUUGCUCGUUACAGGCUGGGUGAUCUCGGCCUUGUACCCCGUCCCACAGUGAAACACACACUCUUGCGGACAGGAGCAGCUGGGUCCAGCAGCCCCAACAUGCUUCUACACAGGAAGCCGUCCAGUCAGAAAUCAGCCAGCUUCAUUAACCAAACUGACUCAGCUGUCGGACUUUUCAUCUCUAGAAACUCCUUCACUAAACCCAAAUAACAGGAACAAAACAAAUUUCAUAUUCAGGUUUUGUGCCACAAGUUAGAAAUAAUGUGCCACAAGUUAGAAAUAAUGAUGAAUACUGACAUUUAUUGUGGCAGUAGGUCAAGUAGAAAAGAGUGAUGGAGGAGUCAGUGAACUGACUGUGUGUCCAACAUGAUAAUCCGUGUAAAGUUUGCUAACAUAAGCCACUAGUUACAGGCAGCUGUGGAUAUAUCUGACAGAUUAAGGAUGUAGCUGUAAAACUAGGCUUCAGAGUGUAUUUAAUGGAAUAUGGGUUCAUUUAAGUUGCAUGAAUUCAACUUGUAAUUAAUCAACGAGCUAUUUCUUCAUUCAAGAAGUCACAUUGUCUCACUUAAAAGUUUAACAUUUAUAAUGGAUUUUUUUUAAUGAUGGAAGUUUCCAAGGCUAAAAUGUCACACAAUAAAAUUAUGAAGUGCAAUGCAUCUCCCCUUUAUUUUAGUUAAUUUCUAAGGGGUGACUUUUGACAUAUACUUCCAUUAACAAAAUGGUUUCAUGUAUCAAUUAUAGUAAUAAAACCAACAAUAACCCCUCAGUUUUCAUUCCUCUCAGGGUCAUUCUGACUGAUAAUAAUAUAAAUUCUGUAAUCGCGUGAUACUGUGAACCCGCAACAUUUUCUGAGACAGUUACCAUACCAUGAAAAUCUCAUACUGUUGCAACCCUAUCUUAAUCGAUGCAUUAAUAAUCUGAAUCUGCAGACUAACUAGUAACUAAGGUUGUGACAAAACAAUUACUGAUAGAACAGGAGGGAAAGUUGUGCAUAUUUUAUUUUUGUUUUUUUAAAUUUAGAUCAAAUCAUUUGUUGUUUCAGGUCAUUCUGCUUUGCUCUUUUUUCCUUUUUCUUUUGCUUCACAUUUGUAUUAUAAGCAUUUGUGUAAUACGUCUCAUGUCUGUGGGUGAAAUGUUAUGUAUCGUUUUUUAUUGUCAUUGUUUCUGAUCAACACUUGAGAUGAGGAAACACUGGUGGGCAUAUUUUCAUAAAAUGUGAGAUGUAUUAAUUGAUUUUUUUCAUUGUAGUUUUUUGCAUUCAGCACCGUUUUUAGAGCAUUUCACUAAAUGUUUGCUAUUUUUAUUUUGUCUUGUCUUUUCUUGGAAAUAAAAUAUUUUUUGA